GAACGUUCUUACAGGGCGGGGCGGGGCUAGCUGACGGGAUCUAUUUUAACAGAAACCUUGGCCGGUUGUUGGUUCAUAGGGAAGUUGUAUGUAGUGGUGGGACCGCUUGGAAUUUCCGUAUGUUCGUUACUGCUUAAAUACGCCGCUAUUUAUAAUUCUGCCGGUUUUUACUCUGUAGCUGGGGUCAGGCUCCGCUCUAUUGCGGCUGAAGUAAAAUGGUGAAGGAGACCGCAUACUAUGAUACCCUUGGGGUGAAGCCCAAUGCCACUCCAGAUGAGAUUAAGAAGGCUUACAGGAAGCUUGCACUGAAAUAUCACCCUGAUAAGAACCCCAAUGAAGGAGAAAAGUUUAAGCAAAUCUCUCAAGCAUAUGAUGUGCUAUCGGAUUCCAAAAAAAGGGACCUCUAUGAUCAGGGUGGAGAACAAGCCAUUAAAGAAGGAGGAAUGGGAGGAGGACCCUUUUCUUCCCCUACGGACAUCUUUGACAUGUUUUUUGGUGGAGGUGGCCGCAUGAACAGAGAGAAGAGAGGUAAAAAUGUAGUUCAUCAGUUGUCUGUAUCUUUAAACGAUCUGUACAAUGGCACUAGCAGGAAACUGGCUCUACAGAAGAACGUAAUCUGUGGCAAGUGUGAAGGUCGCGGUGGUAAGAAAGGAGUAGUAGAGAAGUGUACAACAUGUAAGGGCCGUGGUGUUCAAGUGCGUAUACAUCAAAUUGGACCUGGCAUGGUUCAGCAGAUACAGUCCAUGUGCUCCGACUGCCGUGGAGAGGGUGAACGCAUUAACCCAAAAGACCGCUGCAAACAGUGCUCUGGAAACAAGGUUACCCGUGAAAAGAAGAUUCUGGAGAUACAUGUUGAUAAAGGCAUGAAAGAUGGACAAAAAAUUGUGUUCAAUGGAGAAGGUGAUCAAGAACCAGGGUUGGAGGCUGGAGAUGUGGUGAUAGUUUUGGACCAAAAAGAACAUGAUAUCUAUCAAAGGCAAGACAACGACCUGAUUAUGAAAAUGGAAAUUAAAUUAGUAGAAGCUUUGUGUGGCUUUAAAAAGCCUAUUGAGACAAUGGAUGGCAGAGUUCUCCUGGUCACCUCUUAUCCAGGUGAAGUGAUAAAGCAUGGGCAAGUAAAGAGCAUUCGAAAUGAAGGCAUGCCCUUGCAGAGGGACCCAUUUGAAAAGGGACUCUUAAUUAUUCACUUUACAGUUACUUUCCCUGACAAUCAGUGGCUUGCUGUUGAAAAGUUCCGUCUUCUAGAGGCCUUGCUUCCACCAAGAGAAGAAGAAGAAAUGGUCAGUGAUGAUAUGGAAGUUGUGGAGCUUGUGGAAUUUGAUGAGCAGGAGCAGAACAGGAAGUACAGGGGAGAGGCAUAUCAAGAAGACGAGAGUCCCAGGAGUGGAGUUCAAUGCCAAACCUCCUGAGCUUCAUGGAAUCCAAUUUGCUGAAGAAACGUUUGUGUUAGCCAUGGACUUGUGAUCUCUGCAGUAUCCAUUCCAGCAGAGCCUGUGGCACAGUUCUCAGCUAUUAUACAGACUCAUUAUUACCGUUCUCAAAUUGAAUUCUAUUUAUAAGUUCUGUUUAUGAUAUUUGUGUUAAUAGCUGGGUAUAUGAUUCAAUGCUGCUUUUUUUCACUUUACAUCUGACACUAUUGCCUGAAAUAUGACUUGUUAUGGUUAUACAUAAUUCCCUUUAAUGUUCACUUUGUUUUCUUAAUAAAUGAGAACAUUUUCUAUGUUCUUUC